AUGGCGCCGACUAAGCGCAAAGCGAUAUCUCUGGAGGUGAAGCAGCGAAUUCACCGGGAUUUCCGACAAGGAUUCAAGGUUGGUAGCCUCGCAAAAAGAUACGAGCUGUCUCAAUCAACGAUUUCUACAAUCAUCAAGGCUGGAGAUGUCUUGAAGAAGGCUGGCACCAGCGGUCACGACGACCAGCGAAAGCGGGUUAGGGAUCCUUUGUACGGCGACGUUGAAGACUCCCUGUACCAGUGGUUCUUGACCACUCGCAACCGGAACGUGCCCAUAAGUGGACCUAUUCUUGCCGCAAAGGCGAAGAAAUUUGCUUCCCUUCUGGGACGGGAAAACUUCGAACCCGGCGGAGGAUGGAUUCAGCGGUUCAAGGAUCGCCACGGCAUCGUUUAUAAAAACGUCGUCGGGGAGGCUGCCUCGCUGGACGUAAAUGCGAAAGACGAAUGGCUGGCGACGAAAUUACCCGAGCUGUUGGAGCGCUUCCAAGAAAGUGACAUUUUCAACGGCGAUGAAACAGCACUCUUUUAUGAGAUGCUUAAAUUUCCGACUUUUUUAAGCAUGCUUAAAUUAUUUUAUAGUCAUUUUCGUACCUUUUAA